AGCAGGGAGGACAGGAAAUAGCUGAUAGAGAAGUGUGACCCCUCCGUGCAGCUGCACUGAGAGAGGAAGCCGAGGAAGGGAGCGACAGAGCAGAGAGCGAAAGAGAGAAGCGACACUGAUGCUUUUGACAGUGAGGCUGUGAGGCCGAGCGAGCAGUGCGAGUUAAACAUCAGAGUUGCUGACAUGAGUCUGUCUUCGGACUGUCAAAACAAGACCUUCACUCCCACGGGUGACAUGUCAGCAAAGAACCAACGCAGAAGGAGGCAACUGCAGUCCAGAAUGUGUUGUGAGUGCAGCGCCUCACUGUCCCACUGGUAUUAUGAAAAAGAUGGACGGCUUUUCUGCAAGAAGGACUACUGGGCCAAAUUUGGGGAGCUGUGCCACGGCUGCAACGACCCGAUCACCACCGGCCUCAUCAUGGUCGCAGGGGAACAGAAAUAUCACCCAGAAUGCUUCACCUGUCUGAACUGCAGAGCGUUCAUCGGGGACGGAGACACGUACGCUCUGGUGGAGAGAUCCAAACUCUAUUGCGGUCACUGUUACUACCAGACCAUUGUGACCCCGGUGUCGCUGCCGGACUCGCCAUGCUCUCGGAUCCCUCACACCGUCACACUGGUGUCGAUUCCCGCCUCCGCCGAGGGCAACAACGGACGCAGAGGGCGAGGUUUCUCUGUGGCCAUCGACCAGCCACUCAGCCCGACCAACGGCUACAGUCCAGAGCAUGGACGAACUGUCAGAGUCUCCCAGGUGGAUGCAGACUGCAUCAGUCCAGAUGUGAAAAACUCCAUUCAUGUUGGCGACAGGAUCCUGGAGAUCAACGGGACGCCAAUUCACAACGUUCCUCUGGACGAGAUCGACCUGCUGAUCCAGGAAACGAGUCGGCUGCUGCAGCUCACCAUCGAACACGACCCUCACAGUCAGGGGAGGGAGGGAGGCUCCUCUGAGGCCGAAGAGCAGGUGGACGGGCCCCUGUCCACCCCCCUGUCAGAGGGCCCCAGCCCCAUCCUGCCCAUCACCGAGCCCCCCAACUCCGACAUCAGCAACCUUAGAUCCCGCAUAAUCACGCGAAGUUACAGCAUCGAUAAGUCGCCAGGCUCCAGCAACGCAGCGUCACCCAUCUCCCAGAGGAAGGACAUCAAUCGAUCGGAGUCUCUUCGUGUCGUCUCAAAUCGGACUCACCGCAUCUUCCGCCCAUCUGACCUCAUCCAUGGAGAAGUGCUGGGGAAGGGAUGCUUUGGACAGGCCAUCAAGGUGACCCACAGGGAGACGGGGGAGGUGAUGGUGAUGAAGGAGCUGAUUCGCUUUGAUGACGAGACGCAGAGGACGUUCCUGAAAGAGGUGAAGGUCAUGCGAUGCCUGGAUCACCCCAACGUGCUCAAGUUCAUUGGUGUCCUCUACAAAGACAAGAGACUCAACUUCAUUGCAGAGUACAUAAAGGGAGGCACCUUGAGGGAAAUCAUCAAGAAAAUGGACAAUAACUAUCCCUGGAACCAGAGGGUCAGCUUCGCGAAGGACAUAGCUGCUGGGAUGUCAUAUCUACAUUCCAUGAACAUAAUCCACCGCGACCUGAACUCACACAACUGUCUGGUCCGAGAGAACAACACGGUGGUGGUGGCAGAUUUCGGCCUGGCUCGGCUCAUGGUGGACGACAAGCAUGAGGACAAGUUGACGCAGGGGAAAUUGUCCGGCCUGAAGAAGCCCGACCGCCGGAAGAGGUACACUGUGGUGGGAAACCCCUACUGGAUGGCUCCUGAGAUGAUCCAUGGGAAGAGCUAUGAUGAGCGAGUCGACAUCUUUUCCUUUGGAAUCAUGCUCUGCGAGAUCAUUGGCAGGGUGAACGCAGACCCAGACUACCUCCCCAGGGCGAUGGACUUCGGACUGAACAUUUCUGGGUUCCUGGAGCACUUCUGUCCCCCUGAUUGUCCACCCGCCUUCUUCCCCAUGGCUGCGGUGUGCUGUGACCUCGACGCAGACAAACGACCUGCUUUCUCCAAAUUGGAGGAGUGGCUGGAGAACCUAAAGAUGCACUUGGACAUCGGCCUGCCCCUGAUGUCAGAACUGGACCAGCUGCACAAGGCCUUCUGGGAGCACCACAGAGUCACACACCCCGAGAAUGGCCUGCACACCCACCCCGAACAGCCGGAGUAGGGCCGAGCAAAACGGGAGGAGUGGGAAGUCACAGAGUUAACCUCACGAGGGCAGCGGCCGCCUGCCCUCGCGGCGGUGCAGCGGCUGGCGGCUGGCGGCUGGCGGCUGGCGGAGUCGUGUAAAUACCCCUCGUUUCGAAGCGGAUGCAGCGGGCGUAGGCUGGCUCAGGCUUAACGAGUAGACUCAGGGGGAAAAUAAAUGUGGAUCUGAAAAGCCACCUGUGUGAGAUGCACACAUUCAAAGUCAAAUCAAGAGACAUUAACUACGAUAGCUCGAUUCUGCUGCACCCGAAGCUCAAGUGGAACAUUUCAUAUGCAAUCAGACCCAACUUUCGAAUCAUGACUCAGCUCUUGAAUUGUGUAGAUUCACACAUUAGUGGUCAUACCAGUCAAGAAUACUUACUGUACUUACUGUAGUGUGUAUAUUCACGUGGGAAAAGUAAUCAAAAACAACAACAAAAAAACAACACGUAAAGCAAACUUUAAGCCGCCUCACUUUGGGCCUCUACAGAGUACAUUGUGCAGUACGUGUUUGCAGGUGUUGCUGUGUGAGUUUGGUUUGAUUUUUGCUUUUGGUUUAGAUCUCAAAACUGAACUUCUGAAAAAUGCAAAGCAGAGGGUGCCGUGUGUCGUCACAGACACAAAGGUUCAGAUCCACUACAAGUGAAACACAACCUUUUAAGCUUUAAAUAGCUCAGUGAAGAGUGCAUGACUGUAAAUAAUGCUGUCCGGUCAAAUCCUGGUUCAUCGUGUCCCUCUGACCUCAUUUGGUCAUAAACCACUAAUCUACUCGUGUCGCUGCUCCUCCCCCCCUAUUUAUUGUGUAGCACUGACUUUACAUUGAGGUACACAUCUGCGGCAUAAACUUGGUACGUUGUCUCUCAAUUUUCCGAGCUGCUAGCGUAUCUCAUUCACAUCGACAUUCAUACACACACCGGUGUACAUAGCUGUCAACAUUGUAAAUGUUUUAAAUAUUAUAAAUGUACAGACAUAUUUUAUAUACGUAUGCUACAUUGCCAUAUUUUUAUUGGCCGACCAGUCGAAAUGGAGAGCAGAGGUGUGACUGCAGUGAAAAGGGCAAAGCCGAAGUUUUAUCUCCGUUUUUUUCUACAUUCUCACCACUGCGGUAGGUUAAAGGCUUUUAGGCACCAUAAAACAUCUCCGACCCAGUAAAUUCUGUCAUCUCUCUCCAUUUAAAAAGUAUUCAAAUGGUCGUCUUAGAGUUUUCAUGUAGCUCUAGAUUUGUGCUGGAAUAAACUUUAUCAUAAUACUGGAUUAUCUAAUCGCAUCAAAUUUUAGAAAAGGGGUUAAUGACCCUUUUAAACUUGCUGAAACUAAAUCUGCACAUUAUGAUCAACUCUAAUUCUAUGUGACAUUUUGAAGGCAAUCAACCUGUUACUAAUGAUUCACUCUCGUCUCAUGUACUGUGUAGUAGUUACGGUGUGGGGAUAAUGUCACCAGGUACUGCCUCAUCAUGUCAGCUGUCUGUCCACAUACCUGUCUGUCACCCUGCGGAUGACCCACUGUUUGUUUACAUGUAAAUACUAGCUGUAAAUAUCACUGUAAAUACGUGUCUGUCCCAACAUCUGUCUGCGUGCUUGGCAAAAUUCUGCGCACUCCUCAGAAAUAUUCUCUUAACACUGUCAGAUUUCUCUCUUGCACCUUCCAACAUAACGAUCUCUGUCUCUAAUCUAAAAGUCUUUUUUAAAUUUUUUUUUUUUUAAUUUCCUGCUGUCGUUUUCACAAGCUGCAUGAUGUACUAGCUAGGUCUGUUCAGCUUCUUAAACCGAGCUAUUUUUGUCUCUAAAUAUUGUGGUUUUAAAUAAGAAAACAGAGAAUGAAAGAAGAAAAAAAAGCCAACAGAGAAAGCCGGGUUAAAAAAAAAAAGGAAAUGAGAAAAAAAAAAACACAGCAUCUGUUUUUUUUAUAUAUACCCACUGAAAUCCUUUUGUAUACAUUUGAGUACUUUUAUUUGCACUAUAUUACCAAAUGGCUGCUUGAAGCCAUGUUUGUUAAUUUUUCUCUCUUGGGCUACUUGUGAUAAGGAAAUUAAUUAUGUCGGUUCAGGUUGAUAUAUGAAUGCAAGACACUGAUAGAGCCUUUCAACUGUAAAAAAUGGAUUCUGGGAAAUUCAUCCUCUCGACAGCAAACUAAAUAAUGUGAGGAUCGGCAACGUUUUUGAUUAUUUGGAUGCGUUUUCGUGCAACUUUUAAAUAGAGUUUUCGCAGCAGUCUGUUUGAUCCCUCAGUAAUCUUAAGUAAAAUCAUAUAUCUAAGGCAAUAGUGGUGAUAUUUUCAUUUUCAAGACUUAUAUAUAUAAAUAUAGUACCUUUAUUAUAGUUAAAUAUCACCUGAAAAGCAAAGUUGUUUGCUGCCAAGAGGAUGUGAUGUCCCAGCUCUGCCUGCUGCCUACAGACUGGUCCUUUGUGAAUGAUGUUCUGUGUUGUUUCUGACUGCUUGGUUUCAUAUGUGAUGCCCACAGAGGCUGCAACCACUGCUGGUCUCUCUGAUAUUAGAGCACUUAAACUGGCCUUCCUCACUCCUUCAUCAUACUCUUUUUGGCUCAGGGCCGUAAUUUUCUGGAGCUUUCUUCUUCACAAUUCAGUUACUUCAGCAGCUUAAUAGGAAAACAGUACUUAACAGUGCGAAGAGCAUGCAAACUUCUCUGAAUAUGUAGGCUGAUACCACAGCUACGCUUCUCUAAAAAACAAGCCCCUCCUGGUUGAUGUGUUCGUCCGUGGGCAUGUACUGUACACGAGUGGCUUUGCCAUGUUUCUUUCUCCAUUCCUGUCUGAGCCAUGUCGAGCAUGUUAGAUGUGUCUGUGAGGUCGUGUUGAUGAUCACUGAGAAUGUUGCCGCAGCACUUCUUUGCAAAGGAUCGUUACCUCUGAACAAUGCUGUGCCUUUGUUGUAAGCUAGCCUUGCCAACGACUCGAAAACAUGAACUGAUUUCCUUUUUCCUUUUUUUUUAAUGUAUCAUAAGUGCAAGCCUGAUUCAAGUGGAUUGAAUACCAUUGCUGAUACCAUGUUGUAUGAGAUUUCAUCUUGUUCUGUAUCAUAUUUAUAUUUUCCAGAUCUCCAUUGUCAGUUUUGAUAUUUUAAUAUUUCCUUUUUGUCUUAUUUAAUUUUUUUUACACAAGCUGUGAAAACAAUUCUGCACUUUAAUCCUGAACGUGAACAUUUAGACUCUGAGGAGGCGACUGUUUUUUUUUCCUUUUGUCACAGCUAAAAAUAAAACUGUUGCUCCUUAAACAAA